AUGACACCGGCGUCUUCACCGCUCCGUUACCGAAAGAACGGCCGGCUCCAGGCCUGCGACCCCUGUCGACGCCGCAAGGUCGCCUGUGACCACGUCAGUCCCGUCUGCAGCAACUGCAAGCGGCGCCGACAGGCCGAGCCAUGUGAGUAUACGGUCAGCACGCCGGCCCGGAUGCGGUCCGCCCGUGCUGCUUCUUCGGCACAGACGACGACGUCUCCUUCGGCGAGUGUGACGGGUUCCGAGACCGUUGCCGAGCAACAACACGAGCAUGCAACUGCGUCCACUCUUGUCGAACAGCAUGACCAACACCCGAGGACCAGCCCUCUCGCCCGAGAUAAGGAAACUCCCACCCCGGGAGGACCAGCCCGGGAGAUGGGUGUCCGGGACACGCUGUCCGGUCACCUCGGGUUCACCUCCUGGAGCGACGUGUACAGGGAGGUCGGGAAUGGCUUGUCAGGCCACGACUUACAACAUCCAGAGGGGGGCAGCCCAACUGACCAAGCAAACGACCAGAGUCUCGAGAGCCGGAAGGACGCUGGCGCCGCCUCCGCCGAGGAUGCCAAAACCCUCGAGAUGUGUCUCUCCGUCCUGCGCCAAGUCCCCCAGGAAUACGAGGGCAGGGCCUUGUUCGAUCCAUACGCGGACCCCCGUAACGCCUUCAUCCACCCCAUCUCCCAACGCGCCCAGGACUCCCUCUACGCCACCUUCGGCCGCCACCUCGGCCCCGAAAGGGACGACGCGCGGCUGUCGGAGCUUGCCCGGGUCCUGUGCCGCAACUCGGCCCGGCCCUUCUCAGAACACGAGCCCGACCCGGAGGUCUGGAUGGCGCAGUUCAUGGGGCCCAACCUGCGCUGGGAGAUGCUCGGCAUCCUUUUCGUGUCGUGGGAGAUCAAGGCCAGGACCCGGGAUCUCGCCCGUACCGAGGUCGGGCGGAUGGGCUACGGCCAGAAGAACGAGUUCCGGAAGUGCAUCCUCGACUGCCUGGCGCUGGCGCGGCGGGCCGCCGAGGUCGGGAACACCCUCUUGCUCUACCUCUACAUCAGGAAGACCGUCAUCGAGUCGAUAGUUAACGGGGACACUAGUCUCUCCACGUGGAUGUCCAGCGGCGAGAUGGUGUCCCUCCUCACCUUCCUCGGUCUGCACGCCGAGCAGACGAAGCAACCCUACAGGCCGACCCUGGCGUCCGAGCUGCGGAGGCGCUUGUUGCUCAAGGCCUUCAGCCUCGACAAGGGGAUCUCCACCAUCACGGGGCGGCCGCCCUCGCUGAGCCACCGCUACGUCCUGACGCCGCUGCCGCUGGACAUCGCGGACGACGUGCUGAUGGUGCGGGACGGCGGGGGUGCCGCCGCCGCCGCCGCCCUCGACGCGGGGGGUUGGAGCCCGGACGGGCGGCUGUACCCGGUCACGAUGUGGCGGGCGCGGUACCGGUUCAUGCGCAUCCGCGACGAGAUCUUUGAGGUGGCGCUGGGUCCCGAGGCCGCCAUCUCGGCGGAUGCCGUACGCGCCCUGAAAGUCAAGGAACUCGUGGCCGCCGCCGAGCUGCCGGCCGUCUUGCGGUUCAGCGAGUCCGACGUGCAGGACCCCGGGGUCAGCAGCCGGGUCCUCGACACGAGGCUGUUCAUGCUCCUGGAGCACCUCCAGAACCUGUUCUUCAUCGAGCGGCUGCUGAGCCGGUUCGAUCGCGCCGGCAGGGGGGAGCUGCUGGCGGUCAGCUACAACAUGACGUCGGCGACGUUGCUGUACUGGACCAACAUGGACGGGCUCGGAGCGUGCGAAGACUUUAAGUGGAUUGCAAUGACGUACGCCGCCCCCGGCGGCGGCAUCCUCUGCCAGGAACUCCUACAGCCGACGGUGACGGGCGGCAGCCACGCCGCGGUCACCGACAGGAACGGGAACCCCAUCACCAGGUCCGGCAUCGUGCAGGUGCUGAGCCUGCUGCUGGGCUUCCUGAAAUGGGUCAGCCCGCGGGAGGCCAGCGGGGGCAUCUGCGCCGGCUGCCGGGACAUCGUGCAGCGCGUGCUGGACGAGGCCCUCAACGGCAACGUGGGGCCGGGCGGCGGUGCCGGCGGCGGCGAGCACGCCGUGGGCGGGGUGGGAUGGGACUCGGAGGUGCAGCUCGACUUCAACUUUGAACUCCUGGACACGUUUGAGUGGAUGCGGCCCGAGUUUUCGUGGGGUGAUGCCUCGCAGGUCACGUAG